CCCCUCCCUACGAACCCUUCACCCAGCAACUAUUGCUAUAUUCCAUCAUGUCGGAGAAAGUCAAACAAACCGCCUUAGAGGAGGCCCAGCGCGUUAGAGUCCUGGCUACAGAAGCUGUGCAGUCCCGCGCCUACUUCUAUCCGCUCAGAGGCGUACCCUACUUCCUCACUCAUCGCGACCUAUGGAAGCCUCUAGGUUCCAAGAUCGUGCCGACCAUGACGCUUGGACUGGGGAUUACGACCGCCAUGUUCCUCGUCACUUAUGUCCCACAAGCAGCAGUCCUCGCUCUGUUCAACGGUCCUCUUGCCGCCCUGACAACCAUUCUCCUCGUCCUGAGUGAAUCCUCAACCCUGAUCUCAGUCUUGAGCAAGAACUUCCUAAUCGAUGAAGUGCUUAUUGACACCUUCGACGGCACUCUCAUCGCACGCAACAAGACUGUCCUAGUCUCCGAUGGGCGCCAAAUCGAGGCUGGAAAUGGAUCCGAUCCCAUCUCCAAGCUUGGCAAACUCAUCAAGAAGCCCUUUCAACGCUUCACCCCGACUGCCGUCAUCCGCUAUUUCCUCUACCUCCCACUCAACUUCAUCCCUGUUGUGGGAACCGUAAUCUUCGUGGCACUGCAGGGACGCAAGACUGGUCCCGCCGCCCACGCGCGAUACUUCCAGCUGAAGGAGAUGAGCAAAAGCGAGCAGAGCAGAUAUAUCGAGGAGAAGAAGGCGGCAUAUACCGCAUUCGGCGUCGUCGCUCUCCUCCUUGAAAUGAUCCCACUCGCCGGCAUCUUUUUCGCCUUCACAAACACCGUCGGUGCAGCGCUCUGGGCGGCUGAUCUGGAGGAUUCAAAGUCCACAGCCCCCAACCUGCGCGACCAAGCUAAGAAGGCAGAGUGAGGAUUAUGAAACACCAACACUAUCCUGCUCCCUGCCUUCUAUGCUCUCCUGACACUCAUUGUACGACCUCCAUGGCCCAGCAUCAGCGUCCAUUAUCCGACCCCCCUCUCCAAAUCUUCUUUCAAGUCCGAUAGCACAAUAUACUCAGACGAGAUUGCUGAUGAACCAGUCAAGCCGGCCACACUACGCAGGCGAAUGCUCCUAUCGGUAUCCGUGGAAACCGCCAUAUGCGGAAGGCUAUCUUCUGGGGUGGUAGUUCAAAUUGCGUCUGGAGGGGCGGGCUAUAUGAAUGAGAGUUUUGCGGCGAUAAUGCGAAAGGUGCCUGUGUAGAUAUACUCCCUAGGUGAAUACACAGUGUUUCCCUCCGAGUUGAAAUACCCUG